AUGUAUUACCCAGUAGUUUAUAUAUUUGGAACGACAGCUUCAGGUAAAACGCGUCUUUCAAUUGAUAUAUGGGAGGAAUUAAAUAAAAAGGAUAUAAAAUCAGAGAUUGUAAACUGUGAUAGUAUGCAAUUAUACAAGGGAUUUGAUAUUGGAACGGGAAAGGUAUCUAGAGAUAUUAAAGAUAGGAUUCCACAUCAUUUAUUGGAUAUAUUAGAAGAUACUGAUGAAUGUACUGUUUCAAGAUACAUAAGUAUUGCUACGAAGACUAUUGAUGAAAUACAUGCUAGAGAUUCAAUUCCAAUAGUUGUUGGGGGUAGCCAUAUGUAUAUUAAAGGACUCAUUUGGAGAUCUUUGAUGGAUCCAACAGGCCAAUCUCCUAAAAUAAUUACUAAUCUUGAGCACUUAAGUAAUGAUGAACUUUUUACAAGAUUACAAAUUUUAGACCCUAAUAGGGCAAAACAAUUGCAUUGUAAUGAUAGAAGAAGAGUUUCGAGAAGUCUUGAGAUAUUUUAUGAAACGGGUCAAACUUUUAAUGAAAAUAUAUCACAAUAUGAAUUUAAACUAAGAUACUAUCCAAGUAUUUUAAUAUGUAUAGAGAAUUUACAAAUUGAACACUAUAUUAAUUUAAGAGUACAUAAUAUGGUCCAAGAUGGUAUUUUUAAUGAAGUAAUUUUACUUAAGGAGAGAUUAAUUAAAAAUGAAUCAUCUGGUAUAUUGCAAAGUAUUGCAUAUAAAGAAUUUAAACCGGCUAUAGAUAUUCUAGAAACACUUGAAGAUACACAUAAUGAGGUGGUAAAGCAAUGUAUUAAAAAGCUUCAAUUAAAAACAUUACAAUACAGUAGAAAACAAAGAAAAUAUAUAAAAAAACACUUAAUGAAUACCAGCACUCCAGUUCAUAAAUUAGUUUACAAAGGUACUAUAAUUGAUAAUAUUAGCAGUAAUAUGGAUGCAAACUACUUGAAUGAUGAUUUGAUGUGGUAUAAUGAUAUUGUGAUGCCAGCAAUCAAGCUUAUUAUUGAUAUUAUAUAG